CAGUAUAUUAAAAUGAGCCAAAAAGUUGUUCUUAGUGAUGCUGAUUUUUUGUCACAAGAGAUUGAGUUUCUUACAGAGUCAGGUACUCAACAAGAGAAGAAAACUAAUCCUAAGAGUCCAGAGUUCCAGUCAAACGGACAUUGGAGUCCUCUUGAAGAUCAUCUUUUGCAUACUGCAGUAAAGGAUGGAUGCACAAACUGGAAAGAAAUUUCGCAAAAAGUCAUGACUAGAAAUGCAGAUGCUUGUUAUAGUCAUUGGCAUUAUAUACUUAAGCCUAGGCUUACCAAAACCCCAUUUACUCCUGAAGAAGAUUCGAAGUUGAUGAGCUGGGUUAAAAUCAAUGGGAAAAAGUGGAAGAAAGCAAUGAAGGAUUUUCCAGGAAAAACAAAGGAGGAAAUAAGAAACCGCUAUGAAGAACUUUCUCCAGAUGGUGUGUAUAACUUUCUAGCAAAGAACUUUGGAUUUGAUAAUACUCAGUCAACUUCUGCAACCAUGCCGGGUACUCAAAUUCCUCCAUCUCUUUACCCAGAAGUAAAAUCCGAAGACUUUGCAUUUCCAGACUCUUGAUCUGAAAACCCAGGUUCUUCCCAAAUACAGUCUGUUGUAAAAGUGGAGGAUCCUUUAGACUCAAAAUCAAUACAGACAUUACAAACUUGUAUGAGGAUUUUUCAGAACCAGCAGAAGCUGGAGCUUAGGCUGACAGCCAUGGAGAAGAGGUCUAGCCAAGCUCUCAAGGGCAUUCAGAAAGAAGUCAAAGAUUCAUGUACAGAAAUAAUAUCGACACAGAAGAGGAUCCUAAAGAUGCUGAGAAGAUGGAGGGAAAGAAUAUGGCAAGUUGAAGAGAAGUUUAAGGUCAGCGAAGAGAAGGAGGGAGGAGUAGAUGACAAACGCAAGAAAAUGCCAAAAAAGUGGAGCCUCGAAGAAGAUCAGCUUCUUAUCCAAGCAAUAAAGGAGUGAUAUGGAAACAUUAAUGCAAUCUGUAAAAGAUUCCCAAAAAGAACUCUAAAAGCAAUUAGAGAAAGAGCCUACAAGAAAAAGAUAUGAAUUGGAGAUUAUAAAUGGAAUUCGAAGUUAGAUGAGAAAAUCUUGAAAUGGGAUCAGAAAAAACUAAGUUUAGAAGAACUCUUAAAAGCGGUACCUCACAAAAUAAAAGAGAUCAAAACCCGUCUGAAACAACUUAAAAACAAAUCCAAAACAUCCCGUGAAGAACUAAAAGAACCCUUCGAAUCCCCCAAAAAAUCCCCUCUAAAACGCAUCCUACGACCCCUAAACCCCAAAAACUACCACGAAAUCCCCACAAUCUCCACCCCUCCCUCCCCUCCUCACCCCUCCCCCCUCCCUCCAGACCCCACCACCUCCCCCUUCCCCACCUCCCCUUCCCAAUCCCCCCUCACCCCCUCCGAGUCCCCGCACAACUUCUCCUUCCACCCCUCCCCUUCCAAAAAACGUGACCUAAAACUCACCUGUAAACUCCCUCUCUCCCAACUAGGCAUCUACCUCAGUCUCUUCCGCAAGCACUACACCCAGAUCUCCGACAGCUGCCAGCUGCUGAAGCUCCAGACUGAGCAGUCCCUGCUCAGUCUGGAGCAGAGCAAGCAGGAGAUGUUGGAGUAUAUGGCUCAAGUGUGGGAAGGGGUCAGUGGGAAUACAACUCAUUGGACAAAAGAACAAGAUGAAAAGUUACUAGAUGGAGUAAAACAGAAGAUUCCAUGGAACAAAAUGGCAGAACAUAUUGGAAUUAACCGUAAGACAAAUGCUUUAGUAACAAGAUAUCAUCACUAUCUCAAAGAAGAACCAAACGUAGAUUGGACUCCGGAAGAAGAUCAAAAGCUCGAGGAUUGGGUUAGCCAAAAAGGCCCUACUGAUCUAAAAGGCAUUAGCAAACUCUUUGAGGACAAAAACACCAUUCAGAUCAAAAAGAGGAUCAAAAAUGUCAUAAAGCCUAAACUCGGACUAAUCUCCAGAAAACCCAAAGAAAAACCAAUAAUCGGCUACGAAGACCUAUCACUCGAUCACCUAAACUUCCCCCACAUGACCCCUACAGAAGUAAAAGCCGAGCCCAUUGACCCCCUUCCAGCGCCCCCUACAGCCCUCCCUCCACUCACCCCCACCAUCUCCACCAUAUCUCCCCCUCGCGAAGAGUCCAAAACCCCUCUCCCCACCUACACCAGCCCCUUAACCGACUCCUUCUUCACCACCCUAAAACCCCCAGUCGCCCAAAUCCCCAAAAAACGUGACCUAAAAGCCGCUUCAAAGAGCCAAAAUCCCUUUGCGCCGCUCUUGCCCCAGCUAAAACAGCUAGUGCAUCAGCUGGUCCAGGAAGAGAUUAGUCAAGUGGAGGAAGACCUGAGAGAGACGAUGCAUGUGCAUAGGAAGGAGAUAGAGGAGAGUCUGUUUAAUGUAGAGACUGGACUGAGGAGGAGGUUUAAGAGGGAGAGGGUUAAGGCUGAGGUGGGUGGGAAUGGAGAGGAACAGCCAAGAAAGCCCAAAUUCAACAAGUGGACAAAGGAAGAGGAUGACUUCCUUCUGAAAUGCAAACACUUUUAUGGAAUUGGAUCUAAAGAACUUGAAGAGAAGUAUCUUAGAAAUCACUCAUAUAUGGCAAUUUCCUCAAGAUGGCACUUGAUAAAAGCGACAAUUAUCCCUGAGACAUCGAUCUCACCUGAACAAGACCUUGCAAUCCUAAAUGCCAUUAUGACCUAUAAAACGACCAAUUGCUCUCGACUGUCAGAAAUGGUUCAGUCACUUCCAAAGAAGAGAAUUGAAUCAAGAUGGAGACUACACUUAUCAAGAUAUUUCAACAACAUUAAGGUACCGCAGCAGCUCCCCAGUUUGAGUCAGCUGGCCAAUCUCCAAAAAGGAUAUGAAAAUGAAUGCUUAAUUAAUGAAGAAAGAUUAAGGAAAGAAGUUGAGAGAGAGAAAGAAACCCAGCAACAACAUUAUGAUCAAGAAUAUUCCCCAGAAAAAUAUAAAAGGUUUGAACAGCGCAUUAAGAGCGAACUUGACAGAGAAGAUCAAACCAUUGGGAAUGCAAUGGAUUAUAUCCAAGACGGUAAACUAAAUAUGAAGGAAAGCGAUUUUUACAACCUACAGGAUUCUGAAAAGAUAAAAUUCCAAGAUGCCUACUUGAGUAAAGAAAACCUGGAAAAUUUAAAUGCUCAAAAAGGAGUUGGACCCCUUAGCUUUAAUUAUACUGGAAAUGACCCAAACAAUAUGCUCCAUGAUAGAACAAAUUUAGCUGACAAGCAAAUAGGAGAUUAUAGAGUUAUGUGUAAAGGAGAGGAUAUACCAACUACUCAAGAAAAUGCAGGAUGUCAAGCUAAAAGAGAUCUUAAAUAUAACUCAAAGGUUGAAGCUAUGGAUAAAAAAAACUUGACUGCAUUAUUGAAAUUUUCAAAACAAUCCCUGAUUUUACUAAAAAUGGAGACUCUAGAAACUAAUAUAAAUGAAAAGUUUGAUGAACUUUUGAAAUCUACCAAGAAAAGUAUUGCUAUAUUGAAGGGAGAAACCUUACCUCCGAGUGAAUCUGACUUGGUGAAAACUUCUUCAGUAAAACCUCAGGAAUGCAUGCAGAAGGAAACUGUUUCAGAAUCUCAACCAAAUGAUGACACUGAAAAAGCUAAGAACCAAGAAGAAGCUAAUCCAGUCCUAGAAAAGACAAAGGACACCACUAAAGAUGUUGAUAUGAGUAAGGAAACAGCAGAUACUAUGAUAAAAGAGACAAAUGAACAAGAUAAAGAAAAAGACGAGAAUCUCUUGGAAGAGAAAUUAGACAUGAGGGGUGACAUUAAAACAACAAAGCCAUUAUCACAGCCAUCUUGCGUACAGAAAGAUCAACAACUAGAAGUGAAUUCAGACGAUUCUGAGGAAGACUCUGCUGGGGUUUCUCAAAAAUCUGACCAGGAAAGUUCAGGCAAACCUGAAAAUGCGUCAUAA